ACAUCCGGUGUGUUGCCCGUAUCGAUCGCGAUCGUGGACUUUCCGAGAUUUUCUUUACCCGUCCUUUUCGGUCUGUUGUCCAUUUUUAGACAUUGUCAGCAAGAAUAAGAACAGAGUAAAGAAUAUGUGCCUGUUGCCAAAUUGUUAUUCAACGGAUUCUUCCCGGAUUGUUUUGGUCCGGUUUGCUGUUGUGCCACGAUGGAUGGAAAGCAUGGCCCGAAAUGACUAAAAAAGGAAAACUUGCAAAUCGAUUGUAGCGUUCCGAGAAUGUGCGUCAGUUUGACGCCGGGACUGUCGUAGCCUUUCCAAAAAAUCGCGAUUCAAAUCAUAAGAAUCCGCGGUAUCGUAUCGGUAUGCUAAGCAAGUAGGGGACAAAAACAAACGUAAAAUGAAGAACGUGCAAAAAAAAAAAGAAAAAAACAUCAGAAUAAUAUGCGAAGGGAAAGAUGUAAACAAAAACAAAGUUUCAAUAGGAAGGUGCUUACCGCAAAGGAAGCUCUUUCGCCCGCGCAAUGGUAGAGACGCGAUGUGAUGAGCUUUUGUUUUGUCUGUUUUCUUUGCAGAUGAAAACAGGUUUUCGCUUUCAUGCCUGAUUCGCUAGUUCGCUACGGUUUUGGUGAUAUUCGGGUUGUUUUUUAUGUUUCAUCUUCUUUCGUUAGUUUGGUUUUGUUUUGUGUGUAAAAGGUGGGUUUUGUCAGCGAUAGAUAACGCAUGGACGAAGCGAGCAUGCGAGCGAGAGUGGGAUUGCAUAUGUUUUGCGUCGAAACGAUGCCGGAUGCUGUCCGUUCGAUUGGCAUGGGGAAGUGGAGUCGUUUAAAUAAGACCAUCCGACACGGUACCGAUCAGCAACAGUUGUGUGGCAGAAGUUGAGUAACGCGGUUAAAGUCGAAACGCGCAGUCCAACGUCAAACCGUACCGGGGCGUAGUUUUGAUUGAACACGACGAGCAAAUCAGUGAAAGGAUAUCUGUACCGAAAUUCAGAAAACUAAACCACAAACUAUUGCGAAAGCUGUUCCUGUUUGAGUCUCGUAUCGAGUGGAUAAAGUAGGACAAAAUUGUGCGCAACAGUGAAGGUGGUGAAGUUAGUUGAAAGAUCGAUAUAUAUACAUGGUGUAACUGAAUAUUUCAGCAAAGAGACGUUUCGUGAUAAUUUAUAAAAAAAAUGAUUAAAUAUUGUUUGUUGUUUGCAGCGGUUGUUGCAGUCGGGCAAGCACUUCACUUCGGUGAGGAGGGCAUUGACGUAAAGAUCAACGUGGAGAAGAACUCUAACUCGUACCUGAGCGGAAGACUACCACAAGGCUCGUUCGAGUAUGGCCUGGAUGUGGUGAAGCAGAAGGACAAUCAUUUCCAGCACAAAGUAAAGGGCCCGGAUGAUGUGACGUACGGUUGCUAUGGGUUCGUCGAUCCGGACGGUAAGCCUCAUCUCGUACACUACGUAUCGGAUCUUAAAGGAUACCGCAUCGUGCCUCCGGAUUCCGCCACCAAGAUUUACAUCUCGCGCCUUGAGCGCAGCAUCAACAACGUGUAUCAGGCGUCGCAGGAGAAGAAUGUCCAGUGGAAGGAUCUGUUCUUCCCACCGGCCUGUAAGCAGCUGUACACCGAAACGAAGGUAUCCGCCCCACCAACCACACCACGCCCGACACCGCGUACUCCAUCCACCACACGCCGUCCCCCUCCAACUACUCGCCGCGUCACAGCCGCCCCACCGCCAGCACCAGCUGUUCCAGAGCCGGAGUUUACCGCGUCCAGCAAUUUGUGUCCGUCGAUUGUAGAGGCCCCACCGGCAGAUCUCGCACCUCAGCCCGCCUGCUCGAAAGUGUGCGAUGAGCUGAAGGACGAACUGAAGGCCAUUAAGGAUCAGUUGAAGACAUUGCUCGAUACACUAGCGCAGAAACCGAAGAAUGGGUCAGGUAGUAAUGGAACCAAGUUUGCCUAUUUCCCGGUCAUGCUAAGCGAUGGACUACCGGACGGUGUGGAUGCAAGUUCGUCCAAGUUUGUGUUCCCGACAGUUCCGCAACAGUGCGGCAAGUAAGUGAAUCAGUCAGCUGUUACCUUUUGUUUUGUUGAGGAAAUCCAAAAGGUAAUAACUAUCUGUGUGAAUUCGAGUCAAAUGAUUAUGUAUAAGAGCUUAGCGAUAAGUUGUGCUUUGUAAGAUAUUUGGUAAUAAAAAAGAAACACUAUUUGAAAUAACGGUUGCCGGUUUUACUAGAUUGAAGGUGAAGUUUGUCCCGGGAUCUUUGGCUU